AAGAGCUGGCUGCAGAGGAGUACGAGCGGAGCCUGCAGUUUGAUGAGGAGUGUCUCAACGCCAUGCUCGACGGCCUGGAUGCCAGUGACAAGGUCAUCUGCCCAGUGUGUAGAAAGAACAACCUGGCCGUGAGGAGCCACGCCGUUUUUUGCCAGUGUGGGUUAUACAUCAGCACGCAGGGUAUGACAGAAGGGAAGCUUCGGUCUCUUCUGGAGAGCAGUGUAACGGAGCACGGGCAGCGGUGCUCACACAGCCCCGAGUUCACAGUGACCAGUGGGAUGGAGGAGGAAACCAGUCUCCUCAUGAGCUGCCCAGUCUGUGACUCCUGGGUGAUUCUCCUGUAA